GUAGGCAAGAGGUUAUUUAGAAUCUAGGUUUUUUCCUAUGAUUCAACAAUCUUUUUAUUUGAUGCUUUAUCGUUCAUUUUUAUCAGUUUUAUUAGUUUUAUUUUCAUCCAAUGCAAAUUAUCCACAUCUAGAAAAAUGCCUCCUGUGGUAGUCGAAAAUACUUUCUGUGGCCUUCUGUCCAAUGAAGAAAACCUACAAGUAUGUAAAUUGCUUGGAAGUCGAUGCCAAUCCCUUUGCUCAACAGUUGUCCAACUGUUUCAAACACAACCUCCCAAUCAUUCCCACUGGAUAAAAUCUUCGACAGGUGUUCUUUGUUUUGUAAAAGACAACGUCAAGAAAAAUUUUUUCUUUCGCUUAUUCUGUCUUCAAAGGAGUAUGAAAGUGUGGGAACAAGAAAUGUACAAUAACAUGGAUUACAUUGAAGCUACUCCAUAUUUUCACAUGUUUGAAGCUGAGGACUACAUGGUGGCAUUCAAUUUUGCUAGUAUUGAAGAAGCCCGUGAUCUUAGGAUAGUAGUUAAUCAAAAAAUUCAAGCGAGAAAACGGAGAGAGGAAAAAAGGUUGAGACAAGUGAGUCAGAGUCAAACACUUCCUCCUCCUACCACUCACGUUCAACUUCAUGGAUAUAACAAAUCGAUGGACUCUGCUGAGAAACAAGCCAAGCGAAAGAGGAAUAUUACCAAGGCUGACAUUGGAAUACCGAGAGACUUUAAACACAUAUCACAUGUUGGCUGGAAUUCAACGUCGGGAUUCGAUAUCGAUACUGAAGAUGAACAAUUGAGGAAGUUUUUCAAAAAGGCUGGAGUUUCUGAGAAACAGCUUCAAGAUAAGAGCACUCGAGAUUAUAUCUACGACUUCAUUAACCGCAACGGUGUACGCGAGGCACUCGUACAAGAAACCAAAAAAGCAGAUGGCGACCCUCCAACAGUUCCCCCAAGAGCGCCGGCCUCGAGACCACCACACUUCAGAAAUGCCCCGCCACCACCUGUACCAAUAAAGUCCAACAACGGAAACGUUACCCCCCACAAACCGAAGAUGAGCAUUGCCCCUCCCAAAAAACCUGCUCCUCUUCCAGGAAGCGCGCCUUCAACUCCGCCGCCGCCGCCACCGCCGCCGCCGCCACCUCCUCCACCCCUACUUUCAUCGGAUAGCUCGGAAAAAAAUGAGAGGGGCCUGAAUGUAAUACCCCCACCAACUUCAACUGCUGCGUCUCAUUCACCUAAAGUAAAUAGUUCAGAUCUAAGUUCAGAACUGAUGCAGAGCAUAAGAGAAGGAACGACACUGAAGCCUGUAGAGGAGAAAAAGUCAAUCCAAGAAGAUAGUCGCAAUGACUUAUUGAGCGAAAUACGAAAAGGAAUUAAUCUACGCCCUGUCGACGAGCGUGACAUAAAGCCUGUUACUAGUCCCACGUUGAAGGCAACCGAUGAUUUAGCAGAGAUACUGAAGCAGAGGAUAGCACAACGAAGUAAAGCCAUACACUCUGAAGACGACGACGAUGGAUCAACUGACUCAGCAGAUUCCGACUGGGAUUGAUACAUGUAUUUAUUUUUAUUUCUUAUAUGAUUUAUUUAUUUUUAUUCUAUUUUAUUUUUUAUGUCAUUCGAGAGCUAAUGAAAUUUUCAUCUGUGCAAUAAAGCAGAAGUCGAUUCUCAAUCAAAA